UUUGACCAUUUACAUUUCUAUGGAAUAGCUGUUGAAGAAUAAUUAGCUGGUGAAAUGGAUUUACCUGUUGUACAGUUAAUGAAAGUUAUCAUGAGCAUUGUUAUGUUUAAAGCAGGUGUCUUAACAAAUGUCAGUAGACUGGGAAGAUUGAAGAUUGAUUGAUAAAAUGAGCAGCUCAUUCAUAAAUACAUAAGAUCGCUGUGGAAAUACAAACCGGAAGUCAAAAGACAAUGAGCGCAGCGCUGAAAAGGGGCGGGGCUACAUAAGGUCUAGUCACACUGAAGCCCUUGAAAUGGGAACUCUGGAGAGAACAAACCAAUUUUGUAUCAUAAAAAGGCGUUUGGGACACAGCUGAUGAACGAAGCGAUGAAAAAACGCCAUUAAUCUACAACGACCCUUCUUGUGGCGCUCCUCCCCUCAGUGUCCUUCAAGGGCGCAAACGAAAGUGAAAGGAAAAUAAGCGACGCCAUUCCGGGGUUUUAAACCCUGAUCAUGGAUAUUUAAACGCCCUCGUUUUGUGACGGCCAUGCCUCUAAAAUGAGUAGAUGAGUGAGGACACUGACUUUAAAAUGAGUCUCCCUGAGCAGAGAGAGGAGAAGGACACUGAAUCUAAAUGUGAUGAGUCCAUGAAGAAUCUGCCUUCUACCUUCAGUGAUGCAAAUACAACCUCGGACCCCAGCAUGAUAAAGAGAUAUAGAUCAGAAUCUCCACAACCCAGCUGCUGGUCUUUGAAGAGUGACUCUUCUAUGAAAACCCCCCCUAAAUUGAGUGAUGGACGAGUGACCUCUGACCCCAGCAUGAUAAAGAGAGAUAGAUCAGAAUCUCCACAACCCAGCUGCUGGUCUUUGAAGAGUGACUCUUCUAUGAAAACCCCCCCUAAAUUGAGUGAUGGACGAGUGACCUCUGACCCCAGCAUGAUAAAGAGAGAUAGAUCAGAAUCUCCACAACCCAGCUGCUGGUCUUUGAAGAGUGACUCUUCUAUGAAAACCCCCCCUAAAUUGAGUGAUGAACGAGUGACCUCUGACCCCAGCAGGAGGAAGAGACAGAGAUCAGAGUCCCCAGAACCCAGUGGUGUGUCUGUGAAGACAUCCAGGAAGCCAAACCCUGUAUUCAGAGAUGGACUAUUGUCCUCAAAUCCUUUGGUGGAGAAGCAAGAGCUGAUCAGAUCUGUGCCAUAUUCUACUUCCCAAUAUCAGCACAAACCUAAAGCAGUCCUGCAGAACCACAUACUGGAGACCACAGACCUGCAGAGAGUCAAAGACCAGCACAAAUUCAGCAUGAAGAACAAAUACGAGAGAUUAUUUGAGGGAAACAAACUCCAAGAGAAUCAAAUCCUCCUGAACAGGAUCUACACACAGCUCUACAUCAUAGAGGGUGAGAGAGGAGUGAAUGAAGAACAUGAGAUUUUACAAAUGGAGAAAACAGCCAGAACACAACACUCACAAGACACUCCAAUCUACUGCAAUGACAUCUUUAAAGCCUCACGUGAAACAGGAUGUGAGGAGAAAGAUCAAAUCAAGACCGUUCUUACUAAAGGCAUCGCUGGAAUCGGAAAAACUGUCUCUGUGCAGAAGUUCAUUCUGGACUGGGCAGAGGGAAAAGCCAAUCAGGAUGUAGAUUUCAUGUUUGUGCUUCCAUUUCGAGAACUGAACUUAAUUAAAGAUCAUCAGUACAGUCUUCAUAGACUUCUGCUGGAGUUUCAUCCUGAACUUCAAGAUCUGGACUCAAAGAUUUAUGAGGAGUGUAAAGUUGUGUUCAUCUUUGAUGGUCUGGAUGAAAGCAGAAUCACACUUAUGUUUUCAGAUGCUCAGAAAGUUUCUGAUGUGACUGAGACUUCAUCAGUGGGCCUGUUGAUGUCAAACCUCAUGAAAGGAGAGCUGCUUCCCUCUGCUCUCAUCUGGAUCACCUCCAGACCAGCAGCAGUCAAUCAGAUCCCCUCCAAAAAUAUCAACCGUCUGACAGAAAUUCAGGGAUUCAAUGAGCCUCAGAAGGAGGAAUAUUUCAGGAAGAGAGUCAGUGAUGAGCAUCAAGCCAACAGAAUUAUCUCACACAUCAAAAGAACAAAAAGCCUCCACAUCAUGUGCCACAUACCUGUCUUCUGCAGGAUCUCCUUCACUGUGAUUCAAAAGCUCCUGAAAGAUGAUCUGAGUGCAGAAAUCCCUCAAACUCUGACUGAAAUGUACAUCCACUUCCUGCUGAUUCAGAUCAACAUGAGGAAUCAGAAGUAUGAAGAGAGAGAUCCAGAGAAACUCCUGCAGUCCAACAGAGAAGUGAUUGUGAAACUUGCUGAAGUGGCUUUCAAACAGCUGAUGAAGGGCAAUGUGAUGUUCUAUGAGGAGGAACUGAGAGAGAGCGGCAUAGACGUUACUGAUGCCUCAGUGUAUUCUGGGAUUUGCACUGAGAUUUUUAAGGAGGAAUCUGUGAUUCAUCAAAGGAAAGUCUACAGCUUCAUUCAUCUGAGCAUUCAGGAGUUUCUCGCUGCUUUCUAUGUGUUUUACUUUCAUGUCAGUACAACUAUGGUGGGACUAAGGAAUUUUGCUUCAGUACAAAAUAUGCUUAAAUGUGCAGUAGAUGAAGCCCUCAAGAGUGAAAAUGGACACCUGGAUCUGUUCCUGCGGUUCCUGCUUGGCAUCUCACUGGAGUCCAAUCAGAGACUUUUACAGGAUCUACUGAAACACACAGAGAACAGCUCAGAGAGCAUCAGAGAAACCACACUGUACAUUAAAGAGAAGAUCAAAGAUGGACAUAGACUCUCCACUGAAAGAUCCAUCAGUCUAUUCCUCUGUCUGCUAGAAGUGAAAGAUCAGACUCUUUUCAGAGAGAUUCAGGAGUUUGUGAAAUCAGACAUACACUCAGAGAAGAAACUCUCUCCUGCUCACUGCUCAACAAUUGCCUACAUCCUUCAGAUGUUAGAGGAGCCGCUGGAUGAGCUGGACCUCAAGAAAUACAACACAUCAGAUGAGGGUAGAAGAAGAUUAAUACCAGCUGUCAUCAACUGCAGAAAAGCUCUUCUUGCUGGCUGUAAUCUCACUGCUCAGGAUUGUGAAAUUUUGGCAUCACCUCUACAAUCCUCAAACUGUGUACUGAGAGAACUGGAUCUGAGUAACAAUGACCUGCAGGAUUCAGGAGUGAAGCAUCUCUCUCAUGGUCUAAAGAGUCCAAAAUGUCAGCUGGACAUACUGAGGCUGUCAGGCUGUAUGGUGACAGAGGAAGGCUGUGGUUAUGUGUCUUCAGCUCUGAGGUCAAACCCUUCACACCUGAGAGAGCUCGAUCUGAGCUACAAUCACCCAGGACAAUCAGGAGUCCAGCUACUCAAUGACAAACUGAAGGAUCCAAAUUAUAAACUGGAGAUACUCAAUUUGGAACAUGGAAACCCUUUUAGAAUCACACCAGGACUGAGAAAAUAUGCCUGUGAUCUCACACUGGAUCCAAACACAGCACACACUCAACUCAUCCUAUCUGAGGAGAACAGAAAGGCGACACGAGUGGAAGAGAAGCAGCCAUAUCCUGAUCAUCCAGAGAGAUUUGAGAACAAUGAGCAGGUUCUGUGUCAAGAGAGUCUGACUGGACGCUGUUACUGGGAGGCUGAAUGGAGUGGAUUUAAGGCUGAUGUAGCAGUGGCCUACAAAGGAAUCAGCAGGAAAGGAGUGAGUGACUGUUGGUUUGGAAACAGUGACAUAUCUUGGAGUCUUUUCUGCACUGGUAAUGGAUUCCAUGUCUGGCAUGUUAAUAAGAGCACAUACGUACCAGCCCCUUCACCACCCUCCAAUAGAGUAGGUGUCUAUGUGGAUAUGUCAGCCGGUACUCUGUCCUUCUACAGCGUCUCUGACACACACACACUCACACACUUACACACAUUCAACACCACAUUCACUGAACCCCUCUAUGCUGGAUUUAAGGCUUAUGAUGCUUCCGUGUCUCUUUGUCAGAUUAAACAACCUGCUAAGAGAUACAACUGAGAGACACAAACAAACUACUUUGUUGCUGUUAGUCUAUUAGCUUUUAGGUCAUGUAUAUGUUAGUGCUAGUUAGAUGCAUUCCUGCAACAGCAUUCCUGUCCGAAAAUUUAGACCUAACCAUAUUCCUACUGCUAAACCUAACCCUACCCGUAAGUUAUCCCUAAAAUCAGUGGAAAAUGAUAGGUGAGUAACACUGAUGUAGAAGCAUCUAACCCUGGUUGUAAGCAUUAACUUUAAACUUGUCCUGAUUAGUUGAUUGUAAUGUUGUUCCAGGAUCAACAAAGAUGUUGAUCCAAGAACAUGCUGUACUUGGUGGAAUCAGGUUCUGCUACUAGGCUACAUAUAAACAUUGAUGAAAUCUGUUUUUACAAGAUAUAUACAUUUAAAAAGUACUAUACAAUAUCAUGUUGGAAAUCAAAGUGUGUGUGUGUGUGUGUGUACAUCUAAGGACUUUUUUGUGCAAAAAAAAAUUCUGUUUUAGCUUAAAUUUCUAAAUUUUCUUAAUGGUGAAUGUUAAUCAUGGUUAUUUAUUCAUUCAUUUAUUUGUGUGUUUGUUUUUGGGGGAGGGGUUGUAAAAAUAAUAAGUAAUAAAUUAUAACAAUAAUAUACUUUAAGUGCUUUGCACUUUUACACAUUCUGGAUGUGGAGAUAUACUAUAUGUGUGUGUGUGUGUGUGUGUGUAUUUAUACACAACAACAACAACAAAACAAAUAUAUAUUUUUUUAAUUUUAUCUUUGUGUAUUUAUCUGUAUUGCUUUGUUUGCUUAAUAAAAU